GCCAGCCGGCCUAGAGAAGCAGCCAGGCCCUUCUGAGACGAAGGCCGCUUCGGUUUCUCAGCUCGAGGGUCUCCGGGAGCUCCCUAGGACCGGGAGUGGGGGUGGAGGCGGGGGCGGGGCGAUAUCCUGCGAGGCCUUCUGCGCGUGCGCCUGCGCCUGCGCAGUGUGUUCCUCUCACUGGGUCCGUUAGUCCGCGGAGCCCGCGCGUCCUCGAAUGUCCGGGGUGGGAUGUUAGCUUACCCUCCCUGCGUCCGAGUAGUAAGCCCCACGGAGGCCCCGGGUUGGAGCUGAGGGCAUGUUGGCCGGCGGCGGCGAUGUCCGCAGCCUUCACACCUUCCUCCCCUGUCAGGUGUGCGCGCACACUUUGAAAGGACCGUGGAGGAGCCGUGCCUAGAAGAAUAGUACAACCAGAAGCCUCUGAUAGAUGUCACCAGUCUUUGGGACAGGAAGCUGGGUGUGAUGUCAGCGACAGGUAUCAUUUGGCCACCUGGGAUUCUGUGAAAGAGAGAAGGUGGUAGAAAAUACUUCUGGAAAGAAUACUGAAAGUGGUAGGCUGAGCCAAAUUGUUUGUACAUGGUUGUCAGCACGCUAACCAAGAUGGAUGCUUUUGCCAACAUUUUUCCUCCUGGAGGAGCUACUGGGCUGACGAGUUCACAAUCAGAGUUCCAAAAAAUGUUAAUUGAUGAAAAAUUGCGAUGUGAACAUCACAAAACUAAUUACCAGACUUUGAAAGCUGAGCACACAAGGUUACAGGAUGAGUACAUAAAGUCACAAAGUGAGCUCAAGCGACUCUUAAAUGAAAAACUAUCUCAUCAGGAAAAAUUUCAGCUGCUUCUUGCUGAACUAAGAGGGGAAUUAGUAGAGAAGACUAAAGAUUUAGAGGAAUUGAAAUUACAGGUAUUGACGCCUCAGAAAUUGGAAUUGUUAAGAGCCCAAAUACAACAAGAAUUAGAAACUCCAAUGAGAGAACGUUUUCGGAAUCUAGAUGAAGAGGUAGAGAAAUACAGAGCUGAAUAUAACAAGCUUCGCUAUGAACAUACUUUUCUCAAAUCAGAAUUUGAACAUCAGAAAGAGGAAUAUACGCGAAUUUUAGAAGAAGAAAAAAUAAAAUAUGAAGCUGAGGUUUCAAGGCUAGAGAAAGAUAAAGAAGAGAUGCACAACCAACUCCUUCAGGUGGAUCCUGCAAGAGAGAACAAACGAGUGGAGAAGCUUGUCCGAGAAAAGGCCCAGUUGAAUCAGAAAUUGAAAGGCUUGGAGGCCGAAGUAACAGAAUUACGAGCAGAGAGAGAGAACUGUGGCAUCCAGGCCGAAAAUGUUCAGAGGACUCAAGUGCGCCAGCUGGCCGAGAUGCAGACUGCUGUCAGGUCCCUGGAGGCAGAAAAACAGUCAGCCAAGCUUCAGUAUGAUCGAGUGGAGAAAGAACUACAAUCAACUAAUGAGCAAAACACCCUCUUAAUUAGUAAACUGCACAAGGCUGAAAGAGAGAUCACUGCAUGGACCAGCAAAGUUGAAGAACUUAAACAUUCAAACAAAUUAGAAAUAGCAGAUAUCAAACUGGAGGCAGCCAGAACUAAGAGUGAAAUAGAAAGAGAAAGGAACAAGAUUCAAAGUCAAGUGGAUGGACUGCAGUCAGACAAUGAAAUCCUCAAGUCAACUAUUGAACGCCACAAAACGCUUUUAUUAGAAAAGGACCGUGAAUUAGUACGGAAAGUACAAGCUGCCAAAGAAGAAGGUUACCAAAAACUAGCAGCCUUGCAAGAUGAAAAGCUAGAACUUGAGAACAAAUUAGCAGAUUUAGAGAAAAUUAAAGUGGAACAAGAUGUCUGGAGACAAUCUGAAAAGGAUCAGUAUGAAGAGAAAGUGCGGGCUUCACAGAUGGCAGAAGAGUCAGCCAAGAGGGAGCUGCAGAGUAUUAGAAUGAAGCUUCAGCAGCAGAUGAUUGCUAAUGAGAACGUAGAAAAAGAAAAAACUGAAAAUGCUGAUCUUAAACAGCAAAUCAGUAGUUUACAGAUCCAAGUUACCUCCCUCACACAGUCGGAGACUGAGUUGGUGGAUUCUAACCAAAAGCUGAAGGAGAUGGUGGAGAAGCUGAAGCACGAAUGCCGGAAUGCACGGACUCAAGCAGAAAAGGCUCAGCUAGAGGUUGAAAGUUCUUUGGAAGAGAAGCGGGUAGAAUGGUUGGAAGAAAAGCAUAAAUUUCAUGAACGUAUCAAAGAAAAAGAAGAGAAGUACAGCCAGGCCAAAGAGAAGCUGCAGCGAGCCUCACUGGCGCAAAAAAAGAGAAAAUCCCUCUAUGAAAACAAGUUGAAGAAACUGCAAGAAAAAGUAGAACUUCUGGAAGCAAAAAAUGAAGAAUUGGAAACAGAAAAUCAGGUUUUAAAUAGACGAAAUGUGCCAUAUGAAGACUACAGUAAGCUCCAAAAACGACUGAAGGAUAUACAGAGAAGACAUGAUGAAUUUCGAACUUUGAUCUUGGUUCCGAACAUGCCCCCAGCAACAUCCUUCAGUUCUGUGAAUUUGUUGUCAGCACCCUUGCCUUCCGGGGUGGAAGCAUCUUUCCCUCCUCACCUUCCGGAAGAGGAACAUGAACGAGAGCUGUCUCUCCUUCGAAAAAGAUUGGAAGAACUAGAGAGCGCUCAGCGGAGGCAGCUGGAAGAGCUUGGGCCCCCCGGGGAGUGAGGCGGCAGCGGGGCAGUCCCAUCAGUGACUCAGUAAAGAUGGAAACUGACACCUUUGUGGCAUGGAGAGGCUUGAUUCCCAUUUGCCAAAAGAGCAUCUUGCCUGUAAUUGGAAAAAGUACCAAGUAUGUGCCCUAUUGCUUAAAUAUACACUAAAGACAAGCUGCAUUAAAAGAAUCAUUUUCAGAAAUUUGUUAGGGUGUUUACUUAUAAUCCUUUAAGAAGUAUAAAUACACACACACACACACACACACACACACACACACACCCCUUAAAAGGAACUGUGAUAUGGGAAUCAAAGUUCAAAAUUAUUUCCUUAAUUUUACUCUAAAUUGAGUAAACUGGCAUUCUUUCUAAAACCUGGUUCCCUAUUGCAUUCCAUCUGGGAGAUAGUGGCUAAUAAGAAGGCCUGAUAAAAAUAUCCUGAUUUUGAUUACAACCAAACUUUUUUUUAAGGUGUACUUCAUUGUGACCACUACAGGAAAAAACCUCACAAUCUCUUGAAAUCUGUGCUUACUAUGAAUGUCUGCUUUUUUCAAAAGCACAUUAUUUAUUUUAAAAGUUGAAUAAAUAUUUUUCUAUCAGUA